AUGGCAAUGCUAGACCAGACCGCCGAGCUCCAUGCUUUUGAGUCAGGGAAACAUUGGGUUCCCUACUACAACGCCUUGGUCAAUGGGUCUUGGACUUGGCGACAACAGAACAAGACACUAAUCAGCUUCCUUAUCAUGCACCGGGAGCGUCUUGCUCCAUACCCGUGGGCACCCAGGGAGAGCUGGUUAGUGGGAUGGGCCCUUACUCAACAAACACAAACGCCAUUGUGGAAUUUCCUGGUGUGGUCGCUGCACCAAGAACAUCCUCGAGAAGAGGAUGUGACGAUCAAGAUCUUCGAGCAACACCUGAAAGUGUGGGCCGAUGUCUUUGAGAGUCAGGAAAUGAAAGACUAUGUGAGUACCACGGCUCACCAAAAGAAGUGUUUCAUUCUCCAUCAGCGGAAAAUCGGGGCGCCGUGGACUGCGCUCUACCUCGCUUCCGAUCGAGCGCACGUACAAGUGGCGCUGAACGCCUGGAUGGAGCAUCGGGCUCAGUACAUGCCUAGACAAAGUCAGGAUGAUGAGUCCACAAUGAUCCUGGAUGGUGAAGGUAAGGGUCAUGAUGAAGAUUAUGAUAAAAUGGACUGGACCGCGACCAAGGAGGAUGCUCAUUCUUAG